AUGGCUGCAAUUUCCAAUAAUAAGUGGUACCAGUGGUACCUCAGACAGGUGCCACUCGGACUUCUUGAACUGCCCGCAUAUGAAAUGGACAACAAGGGACAUCCGGUCAUCCAUUACGGUGAAUUGUUCUGUCGCGUCCAAGAUUGCAGCAAAGGACAGAGGAAGUUUACUGCGACCAACAACCUCCGUACACAUUUGAAAAGCCAUAACGGCAUUACCUUGGAUAACGAGGACAAGGGAGGGCGCGUGUCUCAGAAAGUGCAGGACGACGCGAUCAGAUGGUAUCGCCGCCUCUUCGCGGGUGUUGAGUCAGAAGUGCAGGGUCCUGCCAGCAGUGCCGUCUCCCCCGCCGGCCCCGCCGGCCCCGCGAACGCUUCCUUGCCUGCAUUGCCGUUGAAGCAGAAAGAUAAUACUGUUCAUACAACCAAUAUGCGCCAGUUAGUUCGGAAUAUGGGUCACAAGGUCCCAUGUAAUUCCUGUCCUGCUCUAAAGGAUUGCUGCAAGGACAUCAAUCGCUGCGAUCAUUUUUUGCUUUUUGAUUGCGGCAAUUUGGCCCCUGCUACUGCUGCGGCGGCGAGUCAGAAUAAUGAGGGUGAGGAAGAAGCAUAA